AUGGCGCGAGCGCCGCUCCGCGCGCUCUGCUGGCUCGGCCUGUGCUGCCUGUGCGCUGCUGCAGCAGCCACCACCGCCACCGCCAGCAGCAGCAGCAGCAGCAGCAGCAGCAGCGGCAGCAGCAGCAGCAGCAGCAGCAGCAGCGGCAGCAGCAGCAGCAGCAGCAGCAGCAGCGGAACAGAAGUGGAUCCUUCCAGAAGGCUGCUGGUGACUUACAAAGACGCCUGCGCUGCAGCAGAAACGGCAAACCGCGUGCUGCGUUCGGUGUUGUCGGGGGGGGAGUUUCGCCGCGGGAUUAAAAGAGAAGAAUCCUUUUUGACUGAAAAGCGCGUGGGGGACUUCUCCGCAUAUUCGACGGACGUUUUUUCGCUGACUGCCAAGUUCGAGGAGGCCCUCCCCAGCAGCAGCAGCAGCAGCAGCAGCAGCAGCAGCAGCAGCAGCAGCAGCAGCAGCGGGUGCCAGGUGCAGCAAACCACGCUGAAGCAAGUGGGAGUUUCUGUCAUUUCUUUUUCUCUUUGUCCUUUUUUGGAUCUCAAAAACUUCAAAAGUGUUUUGAAAGAAGAAGACUGCGUCGCCUCCGUCGACCCCGACGCCUUCGUCCAAAUCCAGCAGCAGCAGGAGGAGGAGGAUGAGGAGGAGGGGAAUUACUGGGAGGAGCUGGUGAGUUUGUCGGAAGCAAAAGCAGCAGCAGUUUGCGGCGAAGAAGUGGUGGCGGGGGUGAUAGACUCGGGGCUGCAGCUGCAGCACGAGCUGCUGCUGCCGCUGCUGUGGGUCAAUCCCGGAGAAGUUUUGGACAACAAAGACAACGACAGAAAUGGAUAUUUAGAUGACAUUAAUGGAGUUAAUUUCAUCGACAAGUUUAGUCCUCCAGAAGACACUCAUGGCCACGGCACCCACGUCGCCGGCAUCUUUGCUGCUGCUGCUACGCGACCCAGACGCAGCAGCAGCAGCAGCAGCAGCAGCAGCAGCAGCAGCAGCAGCACCAGCACCAGCACGAGGAGCGCUGGCGGCAGCGAGGCGCAGCCCCCUGCAGCACCACCAGCACCUGCACCAGCACCAGCAGCAGCAGCAGCAGCAGCAGCAGCAGCAGCAGCAGCAGCAGCAGCAGCAGCAGCAGGAGGAGGUGUGGGGUGCAGCAAAAUAAGAAUAGCAGCCCUGCGUUUCAUAGACUCUCGGGGCUCUGGGCUGGUGUCUCUUGCCAUUGAAGCCAUUAAUUAUGCCAUUAACAAAAACUUCCAACUUACCAUUAACAGCUGGGGGGGCCCCUUUGCUUCUGCUGCGCUGCGGGGGGCGCUGCAGCGCAGCAGCAGCAGCAGCAGCAGCAGCAAGCAGCAGCAGCUGUUCGUGGCUGCUGCUGGCAACCAGGGGGCCCCCCUGCAUGCAAAACCCUCCUUUCCUGCUGCUUUUAAUUUGCAAAAUGUUUUAACUGUUGCUGCUUCUGACAAAAAGGAUUUAUUGGCGGACUUUAGCAACUAUUCUGAGGUGUACGUACACCUGGCGGCCCCAGGAGUGGGCAUUAGAAGCUCCUUUCUCCAAAACUCCUUUUUGCUGCUCUCCGGAACUUCCAUGGCAGCUCCUGCUGCUGCUGCUGCUGCUGCGCUGCUGUUUGCUGCUGCGCCCACCAACGCAGUCGAAGUCAAGCAGCUGCUGCUGCAGCACUCCGACAAACUCCCGGCCCUCAAAGGGAAAGUGCAAUCGGGGGGGCGGCUGAAUGCCUAUAAAGCGCUGAUGGCCUUCAAAGAGCUGAAGCAGCAGCAGCAGCAGCAGCAGCAGCAGAAGCAGCAGCAGCAGCAGCAGCAGCAGCAAGAGGAGGAGCUUCGGAGGAAAAAGCUAGCAGCAAAUAACAACCAAUUGUCUCCUUUUGUCUCCUUUUUAACUUCCACUUGGGCCCUGGCCUUUUUGCCUUUUCAAUUCCUCGCCAGACUCAUCGGUGCUGCUGCAGCAACGCAGUUCCUGCAGCAGCAGCAGCAGCUGCUGCUCCUCACGCAGCAGCACAAGCAGCAGCUGCAGCAGCAGCAGCAGCAGCAGCAGCACGAAAACAAAGAGCUGGUCCUACAACGCGGACUGCCACAGCAGGAACAGCAAACUGCACUGCAACACCAACUAUAA